GCAACUCAUGUAUUAUAAAAGAACUGAAUUUCUGCUUGAUUUCAAAUGCCGGCCAACCAACUAUUAGGAGAAAGACAACCGUUGUUGACAGAUAUGACAAGUUCAGAUAAGUCUAAUGAUGGUGUUACAUCUGCAGUAGAAAGACAACUGACAUCUGACUCUAGUAUAGACCCCAUACAAUCAAAUGGAGGUUUUGGUGAGAUUAUUUCCAACGGUGGCUAUGUGGAAGGCGACGUUGAAAACUUGAAGGCUCCUGCUGAUUCAGACGAAGAUCUUCCAGCAGAUCUUUUAGCAAUUCCAAAGAUUGUUAGGGAUACAGUCCCUCUUGAGGAUGAUCCAAACACACCAGUGGUGACAUUCCGUUAUUUUGUUUUGGCAGUCAUUUUCAUUCUUCCUGGUGCUUUUAUUGAUACCAUGAACUCUUAUCGUACUACAUCUGCCGCAUAUUCUAUUUUCUUCGUUCAAAUUGCUUCACAUUGGGCAGGUAAAUGGUUAGCUAAGGUACUCCCACACAAGGAAAUUUCCGUGUUCGGACGUUAUAAAUUUAACUUGAACCCUGGUCCAUGGUCUAUUAAAGAAACUGCCCUUGUUACCAUUACUGCCAGUAGUGGUGCUACCGGAUCCUUAGGUACUAGUGGUAUUUCUCUUGCUGAAAUUUAUUACGGUGAAAAAGUUCAUCCAGCAGUUGCUAUUUUUUACAUGUGGGCCAUUGUUUUCACUGGUUAUGCCUUUGCAGCUCUUGCUCGUAAUAUGUUACUUUUCGAUCCACAAUUCAUUUGGCCACAAGCUCUUAUGCAAACAAACCUUUUACAAUCUCAAGCAAAAUCAGAUGGUGAUUCUAAGGUCGCUAGUAAGCAAAUGAAGGUUUUCUUUUGUGCUUUGCUUGGUUUAACAGUUUGGCAAUUCUUCCCAGAAUUUAUUUUCCCUUUUGUUUCAUCCUUAGCAUUCCUUUGUUGGGUUGCUCCACAUAAUGCCACUGCUAAUUUCAUUGGUUCAGGUUUAGGGGGAAUGGGAUUCUUAAAUUUGACCUUAGAUUGGUCUAAUAUCACUUCUCAAAUUAUGAUUUAUCCAUAUUUCAUUCAAGUAAUUCAAUUUGUUGCCUUUGUAUUUGGUGCUUGGAUUCUUAUUCCUGCUGCUAAAUGGGGUAACUUAUCUGGAUUUAAGCACGGUUUAAUGUCUAAUGGGUUAUUUACUUCUGCUGGAGACAAGUAUCCAGCUUCUAAAUUAUUGACACCACAAUUGACUUUGAAUGAAACUGCUUAUGCAGAAUUUGGUCCAGUUCAUAUUGGAGCUCAAAGAGCUUGGAAUAAUUUCUUUGAUUAUGCAGCAUAUGUUAGUGGUAUUGUUUGGCUUGUAGUUUUCGGACACAAGCAGUUGACUGACUCAAUUAAGAAAUUGAGAAACACUUAUAAAGUUGCUAAGCUAGAAGGUAACAACUCCAAAAAGCUGUCAAUUAAUGCUCAAUACACUGAUCGUCUUAAUGUUAUGCAAACCAACUAUGAACAAGUUCCUCUUUGGUGGUAUUUUGCACUUUUUGUUGCCACUUUCGUCAUUUUAAUUACCAUUUUUGCUACUGGUCACUUGUUUAUUCCUUGGUGGGCAUACAUUGUCGCCCUUGGAUUUGGUUUGCUUAUCGUUACCCCAUUAUGUUGGUUGUACGCUUUAACUAAUUUCCAACUUGCUAUCGGAAGUUUCAAUGAAUUGUUGUACGGUUACAUGGUGCAGAAUAUCGCCGCAAGACAUCCAGCUGGAGCCACUACUUACGGAGCCAUUGCUGGUGAUGUCUUCUACCGUGCCCAAUAUAUGUUACAAGAUCAAAAAAUUGGUCAUUACAUGCAACUUCCACCAAAGGUUGUUUUCUUUUCUCAACUUUUCGGUGAAUUAUUAGGUGUACCAAUUAAUUAUGCCGCCAUGAGAUGGAUUUUGAACACCAAGAUGGAUUAUUUGAAUGGUUCUAAAGUUGAUCAUUUACAUCAAUGGACUGGUCAAUCUAUUGCCUCCUAUCAUACAAACGCCGUCCAAUAUGUGAUUUUAGGACCAAAGAGAACCUUUGCCCAAUACCCAAUCUUACAAUACGGGUUCCUUUUGGGUGCUGCAGUUCCAAUCAUAUUAGGUCUUUUACAUAAAUUUUCUCACAAAACCAGAGUUGGAAAGUUGAGAUUUGACUUGUGGAACACAACAGUCUUCUUUUCCUCAAUGUCUACAUUCUACGGGAAUGUGUCUACUGGUUACUUGUCAAAGUUCAUUGGUGGUACUGUCACAAUGUUCUGGGCGUACCGUUAUAAACAUGAUUUAUGGAGACGUUAUAACUAUAUUUUAGCUGCUGCUUUAGAUACAGGGUAUAACUUAUCUUUGUUGUUAAUCUUUUUGUUUUUCUCAGCCGGGAAAACAGUAGUUAUGCCCAACUGGUGGGGUAACAAUGCAGACAGCGUUGAGCGCUGUUUUGCCUUAUAAACC